AUGCCUCGCGCCCGCCGAAUAUCCCGCAGCCUGUUCCUCGUUCCUGGUUACAAGUUUCCCGGCCGACGCCCCGCUCCACAAUCUGCGCUAUACGGAUAUCCAGACAAUAAGCAACGCGUUAGGUUGGCGAUUACAUCAAGCUGGUACGCAGCUCUGAGGACCACACAUGGAGCCGAUAUCCAGCCCUGGCAAAUCAUCGACGACACAGAAUCCUGUCGAACCGCUGAGUCUAGAUACCGAAGCCCUGCCAAGCAUCUCCACAUUCACCGAGAUGCGCUGUUUACCACCUAA